AUGGCAGACACUAUUGAAGAAUUUGCUCAAUUAGAGCCCCUCUGGGACAAAGCAAUACAAUGCCCAGAGGAUAUAUCCCUAGAGGAAAAACAUCAACUGCUGGAAUGGCCGCCGCUUGAUGUGAUGCAGGCCACGACUCAAAAGUACCUCGGGCAAUCCGUUGAAAGCCUGAUCCACAAAGCCGCCACCGACCCCAAUUCUCUGACUUUUUCCGAAUGUCGCCUCAUCAACGAUGACUUUCGUAUCCUCAAGAUCCUAGACCGCGUUAAAUAUGAAAAUGAUCGAGGAAUAUGGUUGCAUGAGCGGCCUGAUCUAAAGGCCAAACGGGAAAAAGCCCGUGCUGCGGUCCUCUCCCUGGAGGAGUCACGCGCUUUAAAGAACCUGCGAGACGUGUCCUACUUCGUUGAAAAGGCGCAUUAUGAGGAGAGGCAGAGGAGACGGGGACCGCAGAGACCGAGACACCUACCCCCAGAAUGGAUCCAGAACGUGAUUGAUAGAGAUGAUAAGAGCUGGGGCUACAUAUUCUAUCACCACAAGGGACAGAAAGGCUGGGAGGAGUUCCAAAAGCAAUUCAAUGAUCUUCUUGCGACGGACUUGUUGGUUCUCGGACUGGAUCAAAUCGGAAAUUCCAAAGUGGCCGAAUUCGUUGAAUUUGAGGCCAACGAGCACGGAGAACUCAAUUUUCUCAGAGAGGACUUUCGGAGACGUCGUGACCAAGGCCAUCUCAGACCUGGCGUCCUCCCCAACGUCUUUUUCCUCGUGACAGACGACGCUCGUCUAUCGUACAGCCAAGCCAACCGGGACAAGUUUCUCUGGGCAAUCGACUCGGAUUGGACUCGUGAGGGCGCCGACGAGGACGGGUAUGAUGGACGAGUCAAGAUCAGUGCAGUCCAGGUGUUCUUCCGGUUCUACGAAUUCAUGUCGACACGGAGAUUUACGCUGAAGGAGAUCUGGCGCGAUUUCCACCAAGUCAACGAAACACAGACAUAUCUGCCCGAACCACUUGUUGCUUGGCAGUUCACAAACUUGGACAAGCCUGUUUGGCCUGAUCUCUAG